UUGGAGACAGUUCGGGUGGCCGUCUACACUAAGGGAUGGCAUCACCAAGAGUAGCGCGGCCGCGGCCCGGCGCACGGUGGCUCCCCGCGCCCGCCCCAGGAAGCUCCAGAAGCAGACUUCCACUACUAGGGACAAAAUUAUGGCUCUGGAGAAGAUACAUGAAGAAGAGCUAGAGGAGCCGACCUUGGCUCGGAUCUUGGGAACCAGCACUGUUUUCCGGGGACUUGAACAACCGAAAUUGUCAAUCAGAGGCCUUCUCUUGCCAAACAGGAUCAAAGAGCACUUUCAUCAUGGGCAGGACGCCAUGUCCAGUGGGGAGUGGGAAAAGGCUGUACUCUCCUUCUCCAAAGCCAUCAACCUUAAUCCCCAGCUGGUGGAAUGCUAUGUGCUUCGGGCUGAGGCCUAUCUCCAGUUGUGUGACUUUGCUUCAGCGGCCCAGAACUUUCGAAAGGCUGCCCUGUUAGCCCCUCACCGGGCCCAGUUUAUGGACCGCCUCUGCUUUGUCCUCUAUCUGGAGGGCCAGUGUCUCUUUGAACAACAGUCAUACAUGAAAGCCUUAGACCUCUUCACCCAGGCUUCGGAGCUGCAGCCUAAUAAGCCCUCCUACCGCUUCCGCAGCAUCGCUUGCCUUUUGGCCAUGAAACGACAUCAGGAAUGCCUCCAGAUGAUCUCAAAAGAGUUGAAGCAGAAGCCCAACCCUGAUGUCUUCAUCCUCCGGGCACGACUCUAUAAUUACUUCCUAAAGCCGAAUCAAUGUUACCAGGAUCUGCACCGAGCCCUCAGCAUUAAGUCUGAGCACCCUGAGGCCAACACACUGCUGGAGAAAUUGUUGGCCCAGGCCAGGAAGGCCCGGGAGGAAGCAGUGGUCAUGGCCUUGAAGGGGAGCCUGGAGGAUUCUUUGAUCCGGAUCAACUGUGCCAUUGAAAAUAGCCCGAUGGACCCUGGCUACUACUUGUUCAGGGGCACUCUGUUUCGGAGGCUUAAAGACUUUGAUGCAGCCAUUGAAGACUUUCUCAAAUCUCUGGAGUUAUGCCCAGAAGACGAGGAUAACGAGAUUGCCAAGCAGGCCCAGCGCCAGCUGCUGCUCACCUACAAUGACUUUGCGGUCUUCUGCUAUAGCAAGGGUGCCUAUGAGGAAGGUGUGUUGCUCCUCAACAAGGCCCUAAGGGGAGAAAAAAGAGAGAAGGGCAUCUACAUCAACAGAGGGGACUGUUUCUUCAAACUUGGAGAGCUGACCUUUGCUGAAGCUGAUUACCUGGAGGCACUGACACUGGCCCCUGGGGACCAGGGUGCUCGGUACCGCAUGGGGAUGCUUCAGGAGAAGCUGGGCCUUCGUAAACAUCACCUGAGACAAUACCACAAGGCUGAAAAACACUUCACUUCUGCCAUUGAGUACAACCCAGAGAGAGCAAACUUCUACCUCCUCCGUGCCAAGAGCCGACUAAUGCUGCAGGAUAUCUUUGGGGCUCGUCAAGAUGUUGCCACUGUGCUGCUUCUCAACCCCAAACACCCUCAGCUGGUUCCUAUGAUGGCAAACCUCUUCCCCGGCCUAUCCACAGAGGCUGUGCUGAAUAGCAAGACAAUGGUGAUGGCUAAAACCAUCCUGGAGCGGGCACUGCAGAACCAGAUUCUCCACUUCCCCCAGGAUAUCCUGGGGCUCCUGAACAAGGAUGCUUCCAUGGAGAAGGAUCUGAACAAGAUGCCAGACACCACUCCCUCUACAGAGCAGGCCCCUAACUCUGGAGAGACAGGGCUCCUUGACAACAUUUCUUUGAGUCCCACAUCAGAGAACCAGUUCCUUAAGGAGCAGGCUAUGAUCGAGAACAACCCAAAGCUAGCAGUGAGUCAAGAGGAACAUCCUGGAAGCUCCACAGGGAACCAGGCUUCUACUGGGCAGACCCCCUCCUCGGAGGCCCAGACCGCUGCCACAUAGACCCGAGUGAAGGCCAAGCCACAGUGGUCUUUCCCUGAACCAGUACGUUGACAACCCUGCCUCCUCUUUCCCAAGCCCAACAGGUGGGCGCUGUCCACAUCCACCCUUGCAUUCUGGGGGUAAGGGACAGGUCUGUGAGAUAGACCUCUUGACACUGAGGAAAAGCCCUCAGCUCCUC